AUGUUAACUUUCAAUUCAAAUAUUGCCGAAUCAUUAUGUGCUAAAAUAUUUGAAUUCCUUACUGAGAACCAAUUGGAUAAAUAUCACAUUGUAGCACAAUCAUAUGACGGCGCCAGUGUCAUGUCUGGCAAAUUUAAUGGUGUUCAAUCCAAAGUAAAAAACAAAUUUCUCUAUGCUAUUUACACCCAUUGCAUGGCUCAUCGGAUGAACUUUGUUGUCAUUGAUAUGUGCACAAUUUUAAAGGAAACUAGAAUUGUUUUCAACACAAUAGAAUCAUUGUAUAAGCACUUUUCUCAUCUUACUAAAAAUAAAACUCUAGUUACUAUGCAAAGGAAAUUAGGAAUUAAAAUAUCAAAAAUAAAUUCUCUGAGUGAUACGAGGUGGAGUUGUAGAUGGAAAAACUGUGAGUCAGUUAUAAACAAUUAUGAAGCAAUUAUUGCAGUUUUGCAAGAAGAAAUAGAUAAUCAACUGGACAGAAAUGUAAAUGAAGCUAUAGGUAUACUUUCAAUAAUGCAAAAAGGGUCAUUUGUUGUUUUUCUAUUCGUUUUGCAACAUGUAUUAUGCUCUAUAAAUAUACUUAGCAACAAGUUUCAAGAUAAAGCUGCUACAUUGGGUGAAGCGGCUAAUCUAAUAAACAGCGUAAUACUAAGUUUUGAGAAUGCUAGAUCUACCAUGGGAUUUAGUGACUUGUGGUUAGACAUAAAACCUUUUGUGAUAAAAAUGAUGUUAAACUGA